ACUUUCCCUCUCAGCUAGUAUAAAGUCUUACAUGCACACAUCAUAAUCUCAUUUGUUUCUGUUUUUUCUGUCAGUCACGAUUGGCUCCAGAAAUGAAGAUGCUUUGUACUUUCGGCCUCCUAUUGGCAUUAACAGCAAUAUGCAGAUCUGCCCUUAUCAGCAAAAGUCACAAAGGAGAUAAUCCUCUGCUACAAUAUGUGGUAAAUAACUCUCUGAGAGAGCAUCCAGUCCUAACCAAACUACGACUGAAAACUAUAGAGGAGGACCCCAAGUAUAUGAUGAUGGUGGCACCUGAGCAAGCUCAGUUUAUGGGAAAUCUAGCUAAACUGAUCCAGGCCAAUAAAACAAUUGAAAUAGGCAUGUACACAGGAUACAACGCCUUAAAUCUGGCUCUAGUAGUACCUGAGAGCGGACUUGUGGUGGCUUGUGAAAUUAAUGAGGAAUAUGUGAAAACAGCCAAGGCCUUUUUUACAGAGGCUGGAGUGGAAGAUAAAAUGGAUAUUCGCAUUAAACCUGCAGAACAAACAUUGGAUGAACUCUUAACUGCUGCUGAAAAUGGAACAUAUGACUUUGUGUUCAUUGAUGCUGAUAAAGAGAAUUAUGAAACAUACUAUGAAAAGUCUCUUCAGCUUGUUCGAAAAGGAGGCAUAAUAGCUAUUGAUAAUGUGCUCUGGGGUGGGAGUGUCAUCAACCCUGCUCCGGAUGAUCUCUCCUCCAUAACAAUUGACAGACUAAACAAAAAAUUGCACAAAGAUGAACGGAUUGAUCUGUGUAUGCUUACUAUUGGAGAUGGCCUGACCUUAGCUAUCAAAAGAUAACCGAGACUUUUUGACAUAUGAAGUAAAUGGAAUGAAAACUAACGUUUACCUCAUUGUUUGUAAUGGACUGCCUGCGGCCAUGAAAAUAAAUAAGACCAUUGCUAACCA